AUGAUUCAUUUUAAAGAUAAUAAAACUAAAUCUGCCUUGAGUACACGAUGGGCCCAAAUGUCGAAACAGGAACAAAUAAUCGAGCGGAAGAAAAUGGAGAUACAGGCUAAGGUGGAAGCCCAAAAGCAAGCUGCAGCACUUGCCGCACAGGCUAAAUUGUCCAAUCCUCCACAAUCUGAUGACCAGGGUUCAGUCAAUAUAUUUUCCAAUGAUGGUAGCUUCAUGAGUCAGUUUAAAGCUUUAUUGGAAAAGCAGAAACAAGACACAAAAGAAAAGGAAGAACAUGAGAAACAGAAUGAGGAGGAUGGCACCAAAGAAAGUAAUGAGCAGGUUCAAAAUGAUGAGGAACAUGAAAAGGAAUAUAUAGCACCUAAGAAUGAAGAAAGGAGAAAGUCAGGUGAUAGAGGUCAAAGAGACAAACAUCGUCGGUGGAACGACAAUCGUAGGGAUGCCCGCAUUCGUCCCCAUAGUCCAAUUACGCCAGUGGUAGAAGAUAGAAAGAAAUUUGUUGACAACAAAGGCAGCUCUCAUAAUAUCCCAGCUCUUAUGCAAAUUCCUGUAAUGCCACCUACAAAUCAGUCCUCUGAUUCCGAUCACAAGCCAUGGAUGAUGUCGCCAAAUUCAGAAGAAGACGCUGAUUCUAAUGAACCACCCAGUAAUAUGGGACCUACUUCUCUGGGGCUUCCACCCAUGCCUCCAGGUCUCAUGGGUCCAAGUCUCAUGGGCCCUGGACCCGGAAUGGGACCUGGUCCAAAUAUGGGACUUGGUCAAAAUAUGGGCCCUGCGCCUAAUAUGGGACCUGUUCAAAAUAUGGGCCCAGGCCCGAACAUGGGUCCAGGUCCUAACAUGGGCACCGGUCCGAAUAUGGGCCCUGGACCGAAUAUGGGCCCCGGUCCUAAUAUGGGUCCAUCUACAAUGGGGCCCGGCCCUAACAUGGGUCUUGGUCCUAAUAUGGGUCAUGGAUCUAAUAUAGGCCCUGGGCCGGGUAUUGGACCCUGUCCUAACAUGGGACCCGGAUCGAAUAUGGGUCCAGGAUCUAACGUAGGAACCCGUCCUAAUAUGGGUCCGGGACCUAAUAUGGGUCCGGGACCUAAUAUGGGUCCGGGACCUAAUAUGGGCCCGGGACCUAAUAUGGGAAAUAAUAUGGGACCUGGACCAUUAAUGGGUCCACGGGGACCUAUGCCACCAAUGCCUCCUGGUGGUCCAAUGCCACCCUUUAUGGGUGGUCCUCCCGGCCCCCAUAAUUUCCCAAUGCCGCCGAACUUUAUGGGACCUAAUGGACCUUGUGGCCCUAUGCCUCCCAACAUGUGUGGUCCUAAUGGACCUAAUGGUCCUAUGCCUCCAUUUUUCGGUCCUCCGUUCCCAAAUCCUAUGAUGGGACCAAACGGUCCUCCAAAUUCUAUGAAUAAUGGCAACAUGCCUUUUAUGGGGCCACGUCCUCCAUUCCCACCGAAUGGUCCACCGAAUUUCGGAAAUGGGAAUGGUCCUCCCAUGCCGUUUAUGCCGCCGCAUCCUCCCUUACCGCCGAACACUAUGCCUGGUCACAUGUCGGACUCAAAAUCGUUUGACAAGUCAUCUACGUCUAAGGAAGCUGGAAACAUACCAUCGCCGAUGAAUCAGUUGUCAAAGAAAGACAAAGAUAGCAAGUCAGGAUCGUUCAAAUCGUCAAAUCUAGUUCUCGCAGAUUCGUUGCCGCCGGCCGUCCACCGCGCCGCCUCCGAAGUCGCGUGCAACGGUGACCAUUGGGAAAAUGUGCUGAAAGCAAUACACACACAAGAUCAGUCCUUGUGGUUUCUGCACAACACUAACUCGAAAGAGUAUAAGGCGUUCAGGGAACUAAUUGUUAAGUACAGAAGUGAACAAGAGGAUAGAAAGCCUGAGGUAAAACCAGAGGAUAAAUACGAGCCCGAAUUCAGCCUGGAAGAUGAUGAGAGUAAUGAUGAUAAAACAUAUUGUAAAGAUGAUAGAGACAGCUACUCUCAUCAUCAUUCACAACACUCUGUCAAACGUGAGCAGGCCAGCUCUCAAAGUGAUGAAGAAUCCGACAGCAAAAGAGAGAAACGCAAGAAAAAGAAAUCUAGAUGGAGUGAUAAUCCACCUGCGGCAGAUAUUAAACCUCCGGGCAUAGUUGCGCCUUUACCGUCUAUUGUUGGACCCGGCACCGGACCAGGCCUGGCGAAGAUUGAUGAAGAAGGUUUAAGACUGAGUGCCUUGCAUCGCAGCAACCAGGCAUUAAUGCAGUACGCAAUGACUAACUACGGCACCACUAACCUGAGCGGCGAAGAUUGGAAAAAGUGUGAAGACAACUUUAAGCUGAAUCUACUAUAUCAGGACAUGUUAAAGAAGAGACAGGAAGUGGAACGUUUGGCAGCAGCUGGCAAGUACAAAUAUGAGUAUGACAGCGAUGAAGAUACUUCAGAAGGCACCUGGGAACAUAAGUUACGAGCUAAGGAAAUGAACGCAACUGAGAAGUGGGCGACCGAAUUGACCAAACAGGCAGCUGGUAAACAUCACAUUGGAGAUUUCUUACCACCUGAAGAACUUAAAAAAUUUAUGGAGAAGUAUUCGGCGGUGAAAAGUGGCAAAGAGCCAGACUUGAGCGAUUAUAAAGAAUUCAAACUGAAGGAGGACAAUGUCGGUUUCAAGAUGCUUCAGAAACUAGGUUGGAGCGAAGGGCAGGGCCUCGGCGCAGAAGGCUCAGGAAUAGUGGAGCCUAUCAACAAAGCCAACCAACCAGUGGCGAACCUAGGGCUUGGCGCAAACACAUCGGACGUGGUGUCUCCGGAAGAUGACGAGUUCGAUGCUUAUCGCAAGCGCAUGAUGCUCGCCUACCGCUUUAGACCAAAUCCUUUGAAUAACCCACGGCGGCCGUACUACUGA